UUAAACUCAGAAUUCUGACUUUAAACUCAGAAUUCUGACUUUUUUCUCAGAAUUCUGACUUUAAUCUCAGAAUUCUGACUUUAAACUCAGAAUUCUGACUUUAAACUCAGAAUUCUGAGAUUAAAGUCAGAACUCAGAAUUCUAACUUUAAACUCAGAAGUAUUGGUGCCUGUAGCGAACCAACUUCGGGGCUCAGAGCAACACAACAUAGGCUACUACUUUCCCGCAGACCGAAAAUGUCGGACCUCAGUGAGUUUUUGCGUGCUCGAAGGGUCCCCGAGGAAGCCAUUUCAUUCAUGGAAGAGCAGAAGGUGAGUGAAGAAGAUAUGUGUUGGUUUGGGGCUUGGUGUUUGCAAAAACGAAGAAAUGGCUGCAGAUAUGAUGUAUGUUACAAGCUCGUUAACUCCUUGCAUGUUUGUACACCGGGCACUGGUAGAGAUGUAACGAUCGUGAAUGCAUCGGUUAAAUAAAAAAAUAAUCACGUCACAAGGCUUAAGGAGUAGGCUACGUGGGGUAGUCGUCGGUGUUUAGGCUGCAGAGCUAACGUUUACGUUAUCUUCGUCUGCUUUAUAGGCAGCCCUCUCUCUCCUUCAGUUCACUCUCUGUGUGGCUGUAGGUGUGUGUUCACGUGUGUUUGUUUAUGUGUACGUCGGUGCAGAGCUCCGCCCUUCGUCAAACAGAGAGAUGCACGACGAUGAUGCUAUAUGCUGCUUUAUACUAUAUAAAUAGUAGGGGAAACACUGGCAGAUGCUCCCAGCACUUUCAAAUCAUGUCCAAAUGUAUCUCCUCCUCUGUGCAGGUCGACCACGAUGUCAUUGUACUCAUGGAUGAUGCAGAACAAUAGAUCCCUUAGAUUUCCUUUUCACAACAAUGCCUGCAGUGCCUGAUUUGGAGGACCUAAUCAAAUUGUACUUCAGACUUUCUUUCAGUAACAAGGAAAUACUUGCAAUUUUAGCACAUUACAACCAGACAGUGAUAAGUGUCAGAACUUUAAAGAGAGUUUGUAGAAGACUUGGUCUGUUCAGGAGGAAGAACCAGUCUGACAUGGAAGAAGUGCUGGCCUUUGUCCAACAUGAGGUUAUGACCAAUGGACAGAUGCAAGGUUAUCGCUGGCUACAUCUUCGAGCAGUUCAGCGAGGAUUUGUUGUGUCACAAGACACCAUAAGACGCAUCAUCAAACUGGUUGAUCCACAAGGUGUAGAAUUGAGAAGAGCACGGCGCUUGAGAAGACGUCAGUACAGCUGCAGAGGGCCAAAUGCACUUUGGCACAUGGACGGCUAUGACAAGCUAAAACCCUAUGGCAUUGCCAUCAAUGGCUGCAUAGAUGGUUUCAGCCGCUAUGUGUUAUGGAUGGAGGCCUUUACCACAAACAGUGAUCCCAAAGUAGUUGCAAGUUACUUUACCAGAACGGUGUCAAGCAUAGGUGGAUGUCCAGAGAGGAUUCGUGCAGACAGGGGAACAGAAAAUGUUUGUGUUGAAGAAAUGCAGAUGUUUUUGCGGAGAAACCAUCCAGACAGUUUUGCAGGAGAGAAGAGUUUCCUUUAUGGAAGAAGCACAGCAAACCAGCGCAUUGAAGGAUGGUGGGGUACCCUUCGCAAACAGAGUGCGCAGUUCUGGAUGAACUUAUUUCAAACUUUCCAGGAUGAUGGUCAUUUCACAGGAGACUUUUUGGACAAAAGUCUAAUCCAGUUCUGUUUCAUGAAUCUUGUUCAGGAUGAACUUGACGAAGUUGUCACCACCUGGAAUUCACACAAAAUCAGACCAAGAUCAAGUGGUGACAUGGCAUCGGGUCGGCCAGUUGUGAUGUAUUCAUUCCCAGAGCUGCACAGUGCUGAGGAUAGACUCAAACCUGUAUCCAUGGAGGAGGUCAAUGUGUGUAUGGAAGAGUGCACUCCCAAGGGCGAGUUUCCUUGUGAUGAAACCGUUUUUGAACUGUGUUGUCUCCUGAUGGAGGAGAAUGGGUGGGAUGCUCCUGCAGAUCCACUUGCUGCGGCUGAUCUGUACAUCAUGUUAAGAGACGAACUGCUGCAAAUAAUUUGAGAAAUGGAAGACAUCUAAAUAAAAACAUGAAGUUUUUCCCAGUCACAUAAUGUGAAAGUACCUAUCUAGAUUAUUAUUUUGGCAGGAGGAUCGGUGUCACGGCUGCCACACUCCGAUGCCUUGCUGAAACCGGUGCCGUCCCCCACCACCUCCAGGAAGCUCCCCACUGCGUGAAAACGCAGCGCAGCCAGGAGCUGCACCUCCGGGCUGAGGGCAAAAUUGCAGCAGGUUUCCCUCUGGAUGUGUGGUGACACUUGCGUGACGAGGCGUUGGAUCUCCACACGGGGAAGCCGGUAGGGGAGAGCGGGGUAAUGUGGGACAUCGGGUGAUGUGAAACACCCCCUGUAUCUAGGCAACGGAACACAUUUGUGGUCAUGUGAUUAUUAUGUUCAAAAGCCCCUCCCAUUCCCCCCUUGCAAUGAAAGAUAAGUUGGUGCAGGUGCUGUGGAAAGUAUGUUUUUUCACAAAAAUGUAAUUCACAAAUUUUCUUGCUUUGAACUUAAUCAACUGUUGUGUCAAAACAAAUUGAAUCAGGUAGAAAAACUUAUAUCAUACAUGUUGAUGCACUUCCAACAUAUAAAACCAUGUGAUUGAUGCUAGCUGAAGAUUAGCCUGAAUUGAUAAAAGAUGUUGUUUUUCUAAAAUUGUGGCUGUGGGGUAAAGUGAGACAAAUGCUGUGGGGUAAAGUGGGACAGUGUCUCAGUUUACCACACCAUGAAGCACAAGUUAAAUUUAGUCUUAAACAUAUGUUAUAUAACAUUAUAUAUGUUUUAUUUUUAAUGUCAUAAACAUUGUAGAAAAGCCAUCAUGCCAAGAAACUACACCAGGAAGACCACCUGGGGCCAAACACCCCUCACAGAGAUGGAGAGUGCAGCCGCUGAGGUCAUGCAAGGAAAGAAGUCCUUAAGAAAAGCUGGAAGGGAUAGAAAUAUUGAUAAGACAACCCUCAAAAGAUUCAUAAAGAAAAAAGAGAAAGGGGAAGUAAAAUCAGUAGCCUGGGGUGCAGUAGCUGAGGUAAAGAGAAUGUUCACAGAUGAGAUGGAGGAGGAGCUUGCCAAACACUUGAAACCACUAGCUGACCAGUUCCAUGGCCUUGCUCCAGUUAAGUGCCGUGAACUGGCAUUUGAAUACGCAGACAAAAACAAUAUCCCUGUCCCUGCCAAUUGGACAGAGAAACAAUGUGCAGGUAGGGUGUGCAAGAGAUCACAUGAAUCAUAAUAAUCAUAAAUGUGCUUAAUUGACCAAUCCCCAUGAUUCUGUUACUAGUCCGAUAAUAGUGGUUGUCCAUCUAGCUGUCGGGAUUUUAACUAUUACAACAUGUGUUGUUAUGGUAGUUUUAAAGUGGAAAAAGUAAGUGGACCACUUUACCCGGUAGCUGGGGUAAAGUGGGACACAAGACCACUUUUUUCAAAACAAUCAGAAUUUAACUGCCCUUUGUCCUGAAGACAUUCUGAUCAUUUCCAUUGCUAGAAAAUAUCCUGAAUUAAUGGGAAAUGUGUAAAUUUUACUGAUAUAUCAGUUAAGCUCGCCUAGAGGGGAGCAAAUGUAAAAAAAUGGCCCACAUUACCCCGCUCUCCCCUACUUGGACUGGACAGCCCGGUCCGACAGCACGUUGAGUGGGGAGAAGUGCUGAC